CAACCCAAGCAUUUAAAAUUCACCAAACCAUAUAUACUUACAACUUUACAAGGUGUUCUUAAACUACAGCUCAAAGGACCUCAAACAAUUAUUUGUCUCAUACUUCUAUUAUUCCUUUUCAAUCUUCUAUAAGGAAAAAUGAGCUGGUCAGGAGGAGAUUGGAUGUGUAAUGCUUGCCAGCACAUAAAUUUCAAGAAGAGGGACGCAUGCCAAAAUUGUGGCUAUCCUAAGAUUGGAGGCCCUGAUCCAGAUACUUAUAGAUAUAACUGGACUGAAACAUUGGCAGGGGACUGGUAUUGCAGUGGUAUGAACUGUGGAGCUCACAACUAUGCUAGCAGAACAAGCUGUUAUAGAUGUGGUGCAUUGAAAAAUGGUUACUCAUGUGGAUUUGGAGGGAACAUGGAGGCUUCUGGAGGAUAUGGAUCUGAUUGCAAUUACCCUCCGGGAUGGAAAACUGGUGACUGGAUUUGCACUAGAUAUGGCUGUGGAGUGCACAAUUAUGCUAGCAGAACUGAAUGCUUCAAGUGCAAAACACCCAAAAGUUUUGGUGGUUCAGAUUGAAAGAAGAAUUUAAGCUGUCACUGACUUCAUCCACAUCAUCACAGCUUUGUUCUGCAAAUAACUUUCUAUCUUGUUCUCCCAAUGUCUUGAGUAAUCAUGGACAAAGGUCCUUUGUUAGCAUCACAUCCUUUGUUUCUUCACUAGGAAGUUUUUUCUUUUUGUUACUGUGCUAGAUGUUUUGACAAGAAACUAAUGAAAAUCCAAAUAUUUUAUGUCAUAUUAUAUCUUUGGCUCCCAUUAUUCGCAUCCAUUUUUCAAAAAGGUCCGCGACGGUGGCCACCACAUAAUUUUCUUAUGUUGCUAAAACCACAAGACUGCAACUGAGGCUGCAUUGACCUAUUUUGACCUCAAAUCCCCGUAAUGUCAGCAUUGGUUCACUGGUUAGAGGCGUUUGAAAUUUCAGUAAGAAAAGCCUUCAUGCUAUAGAUAGCCUUUGGGUUUGCCUUUAAGACUUCGAAUGCAUCCUCUUGUAUGUAAUCUCGAGCAAACUUGAGAAUCAAGGCGUCAUGCUUAACCUUUGCGCGCACAUCCGAAUCAGAAGCAGUUGAAUUGCUCGAACUCCUUGCUUUGACGAGCAUAGCGAGUGCUUCAUUAGGAUUCAAAGCAGGAAAUAAGCAGUCCAUAGUUCAUUGACUUCCACUUCAUUAUCAGGAUUCAAAUCAGGAAAUUCUUCAGUAAACUCGAGAAAAGGUGUUUUCAAGACAAUUUUGAUAUACUUCAUGAAAAGCUGUUUGGAGUUGUGUCCUGUUGGAACAAAUAGCACAAUUUGUGUGUGAAUUGAAAAUAAAAUAUUGAGUCUCACAUCGGGUACCAGAGCAUUCUAGUAUGUAUACCAUACUAGUAUGUAUUUAUGAAAAAUAAAUAAAUUAAGUCCUGCAUCGAUAAGAUUGCACACUUUAUAAGGGCUUACUUGUCGGUGAUCAAAUAGAAAAAUAUGUCUUGCAAUUAAGCUUUAAAGAUUAGAUGAUAUUUUUGAAAGAGAUUUUCCAAUGGUUGUUAUUCGUAUAUUAAGAAACAGUAGACAAGA